AUGCGUCGCAAUUCUGUACACAAUAUGAUUCUUAAUGAGUCAGACUCUGAUGAUGAGUUAGAGAUAGUUACAGUACUCAAAAUGGAGGAAGAAUCAAGAUCACGUCGUGGUUCUAUACAACGUCGUCUAUUCAUUAGGCGUAAUACUUUAGAAGGCCACCAAAGGCUUUUUCUCGACUAUUUUGCUGAAUCACCAAUAUAUCCUCCCAAUGUAUUUCGAAGAAGGUUUCGAAUGAAUCGUUCUCUUUUUCUCCGUAUUCAUUCUACACUAAAAGCUCAUGAACCAUAUUUUGUUCAAAAAAGAAAUGGUGCUCGAGUCCUUGGUUUGUCCUCCUAUCAAAAGAUGACUGCUGCACUUAGAAUGCUCGCUUAUGGAGUAGCGGCUGAUUUUAUGGAUGAAUAUGUAAGGAUUGGAGAAAGCACUGCAAUGAAAAGUUUAAAAAAAUUUGUUAAAGCAGUGGUUACAAUUUUUUCUGAUGAGUAUUUGAGAUCACCAAACAAAAAUGACAUUGCUAGAUUGCUAACAAUUGGCCAAAGUCAUGGAUUCCCUGCUGAGGGGUGUACUCCUUCUGUCAAUUACUCAAUCAAUGGUAAUGAUUAUACAAUGGGAUACUAUCUAGCAGAUGGUAUAUACCCACAGUGGUCAACAUUUGUCAAAACAAUUCCAUCUCUACAAGGAAAUAAGAGAAAGCAUUUUGCUGCAGCUCAAGAGUCGGCAAGGAAAGAUGUAGAACGUGCUUUUGGAGUUCUUCAAGCACGAUUUGCAAUUGUACAUGGACCUACACGUUCUUGGGAACGUAAAACACUUAAGAACAUUAUGAAGGCAUGCAUAAUACUACAUAACAUGAUUGUUGAGGGCGAGCGAGAUGUUAAUGAAGUAGAAGACUACGACUAUGAACAAAUCGAUGAAAAUCCACAUGUAUCUGUUUCACAUGAGCAUACAACUGAACUUAUGGAAUUCAUUCGACGCCAUCAUCGCAUUAAAGAUAGAGAAACUCAUUCUCAACUAUAA